ACCUCACGGAUAAGGAGAUCGCUGCCGCGACUCUAGAUAUAUGAGUAUAGGGAAGUUCAUAGAACUCUCUCAUACGACUGUACGAGGUUCAUAACACGUGAGCCCCAAAUUGAGUCUUGCCAAAAAAUGGAAUAAUUAACAAACUAUAAUUUCCUCGUAAUAAAUGAUCGUAGAAUGUCUUUCAUUUAGUGCCAACCCCUCCGAAAACACGUGUUAUUUGAAUAAGAAAAAGCCUUCCCUCGCGAGGCCAAAGUAAUUGUUGACAUAUUCGGUAUUAUUAGCAAAAUCGGAGAUCGAUGAGUAUUUUAUCAAAUUCCUUCGAAAAAUAAUGCUUCUUUUAGUUUACGUGAUAUUGCGUCAAAUGGUCAAAAAAAUCACAUCGUUUUGCAUCGGUUUAUCGUGAAUCUACCAAUUUCGCCAUCUUUCCCUGAAUUAUAGAACAGAGUCGUUUUCAGACGUUCGCUUUUGUAUAUAUCGCCGCGCGAAAACUAAGUUUGGAAACUUGCCUAUUUCUCUUUCUCAAACACAAAGAAACACACUGCAAUUUUGUGCAAUAAAAAAAAAAAAUUGUUAUGGGGGAAAAUGAAAUAUUUUGUUGAAACAACACGUUGGGCGAACCGCGACGCGAAGCUUUGCUGCGACUGAAAAAUUAAUGUUGAGGCAACGAAAGCAUCGACCUCGCACCGUUUCAGUCUUUAUAAUCGAAAUUCGAAAAAUAAGGGAAAAUCGAGCAGUCUCGAGUGCUGAUACGAUCUUGAAUAUGUUCGUUAUUAUUAAUAAAUGUGAAUUAUAUUUAAUGUCUACUUUCUCCUGCCCAAUCAAAAAAGUUGGCCACGCCCAUGAGUGUGCCGAGUGAUUCACGAUUCCGGAGGUUUAAUGUGUUAAAAGUGACAGCUCGUAACAGAGAGAGCAGGUGUCAUCGUUUCGCCAAGUUCUCGCGCGGGGCUGACGAAGGUUAACGUUUUCGGAGGGCAGAUAAAAUGAAAUUCGAUUUCCCAAGCGAGUAUAUAGUUCGACGGGAAAAAGGCUGUUUUUUCCCCACGAUAUAAAACAGCACCCGCGAGUUCACCUUUCGCAGUCGAGUGAGAGAAAUCGUCGAAGGAAAAUCGAAGGAAAAUUGAAGAGCGAUGCGCGUCGUAGUAGGUGUCUGCGGCGUGCUUCUGCAUUUCGGAUUUUCUCUGAAUUCCGGGGAGUGUACCGACUGGAUGGGAGACUUGACGAGGCGCAUAGUCGAGGAUGCGGAGUUCAAACAAGUGAAAUUCAUGACGAGCCUUCCUGAUGACGAACGCACGAGAAAUCCCAUGGUCGACGAACUGUUCGACAAGCUCAUGGAACAUUUGCCCAUCUUGAGAAUAAACUUUGGCCCAGAUUUCAAACCUCCUCUCGGUUCGGUGCUGGACGAAAGGACGGCGAGCCGCACCGCGGUCGGCGCUCCGGCUACUCUCUUCCUCCUCGUUAUCGAAACGCCUGACAGCCUGCCGGACUCGAUCAUGAAAAAGUUCAUCGACGUCGUCGCCGAGAUGGCGACCUAUCACUACAGCCAGAAAUACCUCAUUUUGUCCUUCACCCAGAGACUCAGUCAGGACGUCGAAAAGUUGCUGCAGUACGCUUGGACCAAGAAAAUGCUCGAUUUGACAGUCAUCGAGAUUGCUGAACCGGAAACGACUCCGACGUCCUUGACCAGGAUCAAGAGCCGUACUGCUUUGACCGCUGGACAGGCCCGGCUAAUUCAUCGGUUGAAUCCAUUCACGAGGAAUUACACUCGGGAAAAUUGGGACUCGAAUUCGUUGAACUCGAGCAGCAUCUUUCCCAAUAAGCUGACCAAUCUGCGGGGUUAUCCUCUGAGGAUACUCUCACAAACGAGAGAUGUUGUUGCCGGGAGAACUGGCUCGCCAUUCGAACCAGUGGUUGACAUACUGACAGAAAAACUGAAUUGUUCUCCGGUAAAGUUGUACGGGCCGGACGCAUAUAAUAUCUCGGAUGCUUGGCGUUCUCUGUACAUCACGAUGGAAUUGGAGAACGUGGAUAUGAAGACUUCGCCUCGGACGUACACGUUCGGGAGUUGGAACGACACGCAGCGUACGACGCCAGUGAAAACGGAGAAGUUUUGCGCUCUCGUGCCGAUUUUACCGGAAUCCGAAAUCUCCGUGUCGUCCCAAUUGUUCGUACCUUAUUUUUUGAGUUUCAGCAUUGUCCUGGUCGUCUGGUGUUUCACGCGUUUACUGCGAUUCGAUGCGUACCCUUGGCGGAUGUUUAACAUCGGACGGGUACUUUUCGGCGUGUCGGUGGCGCAACAGCCUCGUCGUGCGGUCGAACGCAUCGUUUUCGCUUCUUUGCUCGGGCUCUUCGCCGUUUUUUCAACGACCAUUUAUCUCUCGAUAACGGAAAUAACGUUGCACAAGAGGGGCCAAAAGAAGUUCGAAUCUUUCGAGGAUCUCGUGGAUUCGGGAUUCUCGGCGCACAUUCAUCCUCUCGAUUACCAGAGGAGCUCGGACCUCUUCACCGGGCCUUUGAAGGGUCUGGAGGGGAGGAUUGUUCAGGACCCCGCGAUGGACCGCUGCCCCCCUAAAUUGUCUGUGGAAGAAAAUAUGAUUUGCUUCGUACACGAAAUUUUUGCCAAGUGGUCGAUCAUACAAGAAAAGCACGAAGCACAAGCCUCCAUGAAAAUUGCUCAGCCUUGCUUCUGGAGCGAAAGUUGGGCUUUCGUCAUCGGCAAACGAUCCCCGUACCGCUCGCGACUCGAUCAGCUCAUCCUGAAUUUACACAGCGCUGGUAUUAUCACUAAACUUGCGGACGUCGACCCAGCAACGUUCGUCAAGGUGCAGCACGACCGCACGGAAAAACCGGACAACAUGAGCGUCCUCCGUCAUCAGCUCAUUGCGUUGAGCAUUUUCGGCUACUCCUUGGCAGUUCUUAUCUUUAUCGCUGAAAUCGUUAUCCAUCGGGUUACGAUGUACAGACAAACUAAAAUCCGAGCGUUUACUCCUCCUCUUUUCCCGAUACGAAAUAAAAUUCGGCGGAAGAAGCCGAAUCUUCUCUGGUUCGAGCUGAGAAAUCACUUCGUACUGAGAAAAUAAAUUGUUUAGACAACCUCCGCUCCAAUUGUACGCUUCGGUUCACAUUAAAAAAGUGUUGACACUC